AUGCCUCCAAGCGAGACUGGCAUUGAGGCCUGGCUGCGGUAUGUCGCUCUCCCCGCUGAUGUCGCCGCUGAAUACUGCCAGUAUUCUAGUAUUAUCGCUCUUAUAGACAACGAGAGUAGUUCAGUGCAUACCGCAGGAAAAGGGCUACAGUUAGGCAUGUCCAAGAUUCUUGGUCAGAAUCUUAAUCUUCGAACUGGGCUCCUGGCGACUGAGACUGUUUCUUCAAUCAUUAUAGGGACAGUUAAAGCGUUUGCAUCGGCGGGAGGCGAUGUGCAUGAUUUACCUAACCUCAAGGCAGAUGGACUCAUUCUUAGCUGCAAGCGCAAAGCUCCCGUGAAAAUCCUUGGUCAAAAUGAACGUGGCGCCGUAUAUGGUGCGUUUGAGCUCCUAAUGCUGCUAUCUCGAAAUGAGUGCGUGCCGGAAUUGUACGCAUCUAGUCCUAGCGCGCCAAUCAGAUGGGUGAAUGAGUGGGAUAAACUUGAUGGGACCAUCGAAAGGGGCUACGGAGGGCCAUCGAUAUACUUCAAGGACGGAUUUGUGAUCGACGACUUGACCCGCGCUAACCAGUACGCCCGCCUGUUAGCGUCAUUUCGACUGAAUGGCAUUAUUGUCAACAAUGUCAAUUCCGAUUCACAGCUUUUCAAUCCCAAAAACAUGAAGGGACUUGGCCGAAUUGCCGACAUCAUGAGAGUGUGGGGUGUGCGAAUCGGUAUUGCAUUAUACUUCGACACCCCAAUACAUGGCCGCACGCUGGCCGACGGCGUGAACCUGUUUGCUCGAGCGCUGAAGAAACACGGCGAUGGAAUGGUCAUGGCAAAUGCAGCAGUAGAGUUCUUUGACGGGCAAGAUACUGAGUUCGAAGACAAAGUGCUCAUUCAAAUCAAGUACGGCCAAAUCAACUUCCAGCAGCAAGAUCACGUUGUCUAUCUCCCCCCGCUCUGGCGCAUAAUCUUUGAAUUCGACCUUCAAAUUGAUGACAAGCCAUCCCUCGUCCGCGAUAUUGUCUCUGGCCAGCGCUUUAAUUGGUCCCGGGCCGCCUACGCUACCGUUGUCAAUAUCGGCAAUGACCCAACCUGGCUUGGAAGCCACCUCGCCAUGUCCAACCUCUACGCGUACGGCCGGUAUACAUGGAACCCUCAAAGCGACGAGACUUGUCACUUCGGGCCCUCGCCCGCCACCCACGACGGCAACGGAUGGGGCCAGUGGAGUCGCGCAGAUGAACAUGCCCUCGGCAUGGAUCGCACUGUUGCUACUGCUCGCUUUGAAGACAUUGAUACUACACCUGACGAGCUGUUGCUUUGGUUUCAUCAUGUGCCGUACACGCAUGUACUGAAAUCUGGGAAGACGGUCAUCCAGCAAUUCUACGAUGCGCAUUAUGACGGCGCGCGAGCUGUGCAGACAUUCCUAAAGGACUGGGAGGCCCUGCUGAAUACGUUCUAUCACGCGAAGUGUGGAAUUGAUGAUGAACGGGGACGUGUCGGGAACCAUCCCUGGAGGAUUGAGGGGGAAGACAUGGAGCUUGAGGGGUACGAAGUGGAGUCUGUGACGCCAUUUGAGGACGCAUCAGGAAGCCGAGCAAUUGUCACUGUGCCUGGAGUGCAGCUCGGAACUGCAAAAUGCACUGUCCCUUUCGUUUCGGGAAUCUAUGAUGUGGCGGUCAACUACUAUGACCAUCUUGGUGGGACUUCGCAGUAUCAGAUCUUCUUAAAUGACCGCCUGAUUGGUUCUUGGGCGGGUGAUCUGGAGGAGAAACUUGGUCAUGACUUUUCAGACCUUGUUGAUGGUUACUCUGCAACACGUAUCACCUUCAAAGAUGUAAAGGUGAACAAAGGGGACCGACUGAAGAUUAUCGGAAAGCCGAAUGGACCUGAACGUGCACCGAUAGACUAUGUAUCGUUGUUGCCGAAUGGAGUCGUUGAUUAG